AUGCUCAAUGGACGUAUACCACCCUCGGGAGUUGUUGGUGGUUUUCAACUCGAAAUCGGAGCCAGUGGAUCCUUCUAUCCAGCCCAUCUGAAGCUACCAGUUGUGGCGUACUUCUUCCAUCUUUCUGAAGACAAUGCUCCCUCGCCCUAUUUGGGUUUCGUAGAUCUUAGUAAUCUUCCAAAUAAACGCGGCUACCACGUUCCAAAGAAGGGCGCUAUUCAACUCGCUCUUUUCAAUCCCACCAGCUCUCUGCUGAAGGUAUUUGUAAUUCAAUACGACCUAGAGGACAUGCCAGCCAACUGUCAGACGUUUCUACGUCAACGCACAGUUUACGUGCCCGUUAAGAAGUGCCUUGACGGCUUCCCAAACAACAGCGAUAGGAAUGCUGAUAGUGGUAGUACGUACAACAUCAGCGAAAAGAACACCCAGCUGGCUGGCCGGAGGCUGCAGCAUCUCCCCGUCGACUCAAAAGCCGGUCUUCUGUUUGUUUCU